AUAAUAAUAAUAAUAAUAAUAAUAAUAAUAAUAAUAAUAAUAAUAAUAAUAAAAAUGGUGAAAUAUCUAAAAGAAAUAGUAUUGAACAUCUUAAAAAACUUAAAAAUAUGCUUGCAAAUAGUGAAAAGAUUGAAAUAAAAGUACUGAAUAACAGUGAAAUAAGUAAGAAAAAAGCCUUAAAUCAAAACAAAUUAAAUAAUGGAUUUGAAAAGAAAAAUGAAAGCAAAAAAAGAAGAAGAAGAGAGCUGGAUGUAUCAAGUAUUGAUAUUAAUAUUAAUGUUAAUAAUUCGGAUGAAACGAUACGAUCACCAGGAUCUUUAACUUCAAGUACAAGUCCAUAUAAAUAUAUCAACGAAAAUUCUACAGUUAGUGAUUGGGAUGAUGAAAAAUGGAAAACAUUUAUCAAAUUGGUUUAUAAAGCCGUUAAAAAAAAGGAUAAAAAACUAUUAUAUAAUACUAAAGUGAUUGAGAAAUUUGGGAUAGUGGAUGGAUUAGAGUUGAGUUUAAAAGAAAAAUUGAUUCGAAAAUACUAUAAAAUGGGAAAUUUCAAUAAAAUGAGUUAUAAAAAAAGAAGAAUUAGUGAAAAUGAUAAUAUUAAUAAUAGUAGUAAUGAUCUGAAUAAAGAUAAACAGAAAGAUAAACAAAAUACCUAAAUAAAUGAUUAAUAAAUAAAUAAUAAAGGAAAAAAAAGUAAUAAAUAAAUGCAUAAAUAAGUAAAUGAGUAAAUAACCUGAAACCCAUAAUGUGCCUGUGAAAAUAA